CAAAUAUCAAAUCAGACGCAAACAGAUUCAUUAUCUUCAUCCCCUAAUCCUGUGUCGCCUGUGCCUUUAAAUAACCCAACAAGUGCCCCAAGAUAUGGAACAGUGAUCCCUAAUCGCAUCUUUGUAGGAGGGAUUGACUUUAAGACAAAUGAAAAUGAUUUAAGAAAAUUUUUUUCCCAGUAUGGAUCUGUAAAAGAAGUGAAGAUUGUCAAUGAUAGAGCUGGAGUGUCCAAAGGGUUCUAGUAUAAUGCCAGCAGCUGGAACAAUGUAUCUAACAACUUCAACUGGCUACCCUUACACAUUUCAUAAUGGUGUUGCAUAUUUUCAUACUCCAGAGGUGACUUCUGUCCCACCACCUUGGCCUUCCCGAUCUAUAUCUAGUUCCCCAGUGAUGGUAGCUCAGCCAGUGUAUCAGCAACCUACAUAUCAUUACCAGGCUCCUACACAAUGUCUACCAGGACAGUGGCAGUGGGGUAUUCCUCAGUCACCUGCUUCUUCUGCUCCACUCUUAUACCUGCAACCUUCUGAUGUUAUUUAUCAGCCAGUGGAAAUUGCACAAGAUGGUGGAUGUGUUCCUCCUCCACUGUCUCUUAUAGAAACUUCAGUUCCAGAGCCUUAUUCUGAUCAUGGAGUUCAAGCAACGUAUCACCAGGUUUUUGCUCCAAGUGCCAUUGCUAUGCCUGCACCUGUUAUGCAGCCUGAACCAAUUAAAACAGUAUGGAGCAUUCAUUAUUAAGACAAUUGGGCAGCUCUAGUCCAGCUCAACUGAUUUCUUGUCCAGUGAUCCUUGUGUGGCCGAGAUCCAGCUUCAUCGAACCGGCUAGAAGCUGCCUGUUGUGAAAUUUAGGGUUAGUUUAUACUUCACUAUAUUUAACUUAUUCCAACUACAAGAUGUCUAAAUUUAAUGAAAUUGUCCUUUCAGUGGUUCUAAAAAAUUAAUUCAGUUGUGUGGCAUGAUGAUUUUUCAUCUGUAUUAAUCUAACUAUAGUGACAUUUUCUAUAACAUGUUUUAUCCAUUCCAUUAAUAAUAAUCAAAUUGGGAAU